GUAAGAAGAUUGAAUUAUUUAUUUUAAAAGUCUAAAAUAUUAUCCUUUCACUCUCGAAUUCUUCCUCAUUUAAUUUGAUUUGGACAUUGGAAGUAUAUUUUUUGAGAGAUAUUAACCGUCUAUUUCUUCAGUGAAAGAAGUGUUUGUGUAGUUUGUUGCAUUUGAAUUUUUUUCCUUUUAAAAGCAUAAUGCCGCAAUUGACAGGAUUUGACUACGUUAAGAGCUGGGCAGGAUUGUUCAAACUUGGGGAAUUCUUGACGCUUUUGAUUGCCUUUUCGUGCUUGGGAGACUUUGCUGAAAGAUCAGACACUAAUGGAUCUUUUAAAUACUUCUUUUUUGUAACUGUCACUGCAUGGAUAGUUACCAUAAUAUUGUUCUUCAUGUAUUUUUUUGGUAUACAACAAAGGAUAUCUGUUAAUUGGUCGCUAGUGAUGACUAUUUACUCCAUGAUUGUAUCGUUCCUUCUUUUGGUGGCUGCCUCUAUAGUUGCUGAUAAAGCUCGUAAAUACCGCCGUGGUGCCAUAAGGUAUCGUGGUGAAUAUGUCGAUACAUGUGAUCAUUAUGACCAACAUGGAUCUCCAUGUCGAAAUGUUGAAGCUGCUGUGGCAUUUGCAUUCAUGGCAUUGAUGCUCUUUCUGCUCGAUACAUUCUUUUAUUUCAUGGAAUGUCGUUCAUCAGGGCCAUCUGGUGACAGUGGAUUUGUGCAGCACGAAGAUAUUGACACACAGCAAGAGAAUAACUGAUCAUAUUUAAAAGAAUACAUUACAUUUUGAUGUCAAAAUAACUAGUUUGAUAUAACAUUUUCUAGUGCUAACUUCAUGCUCAAAAUAGAUUUUUCCAGUAUAACAAAUUUGAUAAAAUAACCUUUGUCACCACUAGAUUUGAUCUCAUGCUGUUUAAUCACAAUCACCAUGAGGCAGAUCAUACUUUCAAUAAUAAAAUUUGCACAGUUGUAGAGACACAUUCCCUUUAAUAAAGGAACACUAUUCUACUCAUUUAAUACUAUAAAUAAGCUAUUACAAACAGCACUUUAAAUACAUUUAUGAAUUUUCUAA